AUUGCCACGUUCAAUACACGAUGGUAACAUUGCAUUAGGCCGAGCCAGUGUAAAGGACUGUUACCCUACCUUAUAGUCGUACCUGACUAUACCUAAAAGAUAUUACCGAAAGUACGGUUUGAAGGCAUUGCGAAAAGAAUACUUCAUUUACCUGUUCGUAACCGGACUUUCCGAGAACGGUCUUAUGGCACGGUGACCCAUACAUAUCGAUCUCAUCGUGCAAAAAGCCAAGCAAUUGCUAACGAGAAAGGUCAUCGUACCUAGUCAUUCAUAACAAAUUAUGAUGAAACCAGUCAUAUGUGUGACACUGGGGUUGUAAUGAGGCGAAGGCCCCUUUCAACGUUUCCAGUAACAUUAACGUCUAUCAAACUCGUUACUCAACUUCUCAUUGGAGUUGUGUUGGACGCAGAUCUGGCGGCUCAAGGAUAACGAUGAGGGUCUAUCGCUUCGGCACGAUAGAUAUCCCCAGGGAUCUAAAUUUAACUGAGUUGCUUCAUAAAUCUGCCUACCUAGAUCUCCCAAGAUCGCACUUAAUCGCCAAGGAUAGCCUCACGAACCGUAGUAUAACUAUCGGUGAGCUACAAGACCGUGCUGGGAGAAUUGCGAAUGGACUCAAGACCAAGUUGAAUCCCACCGACCAGGCAAGAUGGGCUAUCAUUUUGCCUAACAGUGUCGACUUCCUUGAAACAUUUCAUGCGAUACUUUGGACGGGAGGCGUGGUCUGUCCUAUUAAUUAUGCGCUAAAAGCGGCGGAGAUUGGUCAUGGAAUUGCGGUAUCGCGACCGCAUUUCGUGGUUGCCUAUGGAGCCACGAUACCCAUCGUCCGGGAAGCUUUACAGGUUGCCAAGAAAGAACUCGUAGAGCAAGGAGUGAAUUGGAAAUUGCCUCAUGUCAUAACCGUUAUCAGCCGGGUGAAAGGGCUUCCGCACUUAACGGAUGACUACAUCUCACUAGAACGGCUGCCAAUUCCACACUGGCCUGACACGGCGGAGCGCUUGGCGUCGAUACACCUAUCAUCCGGUACCACAGGCAAGCCAAAAGGUGUCGAGUUAACACACUACAACUUUGUAUCAAACUGCUGCCAGCUCUUCGCCCACGACCCAGAGCAAUUCACACCAGGUAGUCGGACAGUAGCCUACACACCAUGGGCGCACAUCGCUAUGACAACAUUACCGUUAUUCCUAGGUCCUUACACCGGCAUGUUACACCACGCUAUGCCGAGUUACAACCUCGAAGAGUUUGCGAAACUAGUUGGGUCUAACCAAGCAACUACAUUCCAAGGCGUCCCAAGCGUAGUCCUGCAGAUGGCCAACUCAGACAUCACAAGCCGCUUCGACUUCUCGCGCGCGCAGUACAUCAACGUCGGCGGACCUCUAAAGCAAGAGCUAAAAGACCGUCUACUAAGCAAAGCGCCGUGGAAACUAAUACAAGUCUACGGGAUGACAGAAGCCGCGGGAUACGUCGCAUACCAAAAAGCCCGCGAGACACCAGCAGACGGGGUAACAGGCAAAUUACUCCCGAAUAUCGAAGCCUGUCUAAAGAAAGAAGGUAGCUCAGAAGACGUACCCGUCGGUCAACCCGGCGAACUCUGGCUCCGAGGCCCGAAUUUCACGCGCGGAUACGCGUUCAAUGAAGAAGCGAAUCAGAAGGGGUUUCCGAUGAAAGGGUGGUAUAAUACGGGCGAUGUAUGCACGAUUGACGCGGAAGGGCGGGUGAGUGUGUUGGGGCGCACGAAAGAUUUGAUUAAGUAUAAGGGCUUCCAGGUCUCGCCCGCAGAACUCGAGACGUAUGUAAAUGCGCAUCCGAAUGUGGUGGAGGGCGGGAUUGGCGCGACAUGGGAUGAGAGUCAACUCACGGAGCUUCCGACCGCGUGGGUGAUUUUGAGAGGCCAAUUCAAGACGGCGGAGCAGAAGAGAACGGCGCUUCGGGAGGUUCAUCGGGAUAUUGAUGGACAGGUGAGUGGGUAUAAGAAGCUGAGGGGUGGUGUUUGGGAAAUUGAGGCGCUUCCGAAGAAUGCGACGGGGAAGAUAUUAAGGAAGCAGUUAGUUGAGAUGAGGAGUGGCUUAUGUUCACUUGAGGAAAAGCCUCCUAAGGCGAAAUUAUAGAUCAAGAAUUCAUAGAUUCGAAUUAGAAGGAUCCCUGACGGGAAUAAUUAGGUAGUUCUUAAUUAGAGUGCAUUUCAUUCA